UUUCCAUAUUUAGUUGGUUUGGGGAAGAAGUGUAGAACAGACUACGCGAACUCAAGCGUCAAUGCUCGCUUUCGUCUCCGUGCAUAUAAAAAGGCCUCAGGUUUGGCGAUAAUUGACUCACGUGGUGGAUAUAAGUGGGGAAAAGUGAAAGCGGGGGAACUUCCCCAAAUCGAGAAUUCGUCGCAUAAAUCUAGGGUUUUCGAGAUCCCCUCCCGAUCGCGUCGCAAAACCCUAGCUCGGCCUUCAAUCGUGGCGUUUUAUCUUGGUUAUUGAUAUGGCGGAGGAAGAAAUCGAGUACGAGAGCGAUCCGGAGGAGGCGAAGUUGUCGCUGAAGGCGCGGAGGAGAGUGGCGAGCGACGACGAGGAUGAGGGGGAGGAGGGACGGCGGAGGCCGCCGCGGCGGGUGGACGAAUCGGACGGGGAGUCGGAAGGCGGUCCGGCGGAGUACGAGGAGGAGUUUGGGGGAGCGGAGGGAGAGUAUGAUUUGAACGAGGAGGAUUUGGAUGAGGAAGCGGAGGAAGUCGGGGAGGAGUUGGAGGUUGUGGGGGUGAGAAGAGUGGCGGAGGAGGUUGUUGCCGGCGGUGUGGUGGCGGAGGAGAGGGAAGGUUUGAAUAAUGAUGGCGAUGUAAUUGAUGAUGGGGACUAUAAUGUCGCAGAUGCAGGGAGGAAGGAGAUGGAGCCGUACGCCGUGCCGACGGCGGGGGCGUUUUAUAUGCACGACGACAGGUUUCGGGACAAUGCAGGCGGUCGGAAUAGGCGAAUGCCCGGUGGAAGAAAGCUCUGGGAGUCUAAAGACGACAAGAAAUGGGGGCAUGAUAAAUUCGAGGAGUUUACGAGGCAGGAAAGGCAUCAUGAAGAGCAUCAAAGAGGUUAUAGGGGUCGGUAUAGAGGCCGGGGUAGGAAUAGAGGAGCGGCUCGUGGAUAUUUGCAACGAAACAGACCCAGAGAGUACGCAGAUAAUAGCGAUCCUCAGCAUAAUGCUAGUAAUAGUAAUAAAAAUAAUAAUAAUUAUAAUAAUCAUAACAAUGCUUCGAAGGGUGUCAGGGGACGAGGACCUCGAAGGUAUCAGCCACUUCCAAACAACGACGCACCUGUUACGCACAGCAAACAAUCUGGGAAAUAUGUCGAGAAGCAUCCCAAUGCUAGUUCCGGAAGAACCAAUCAUCCUGUAUCGAAUGCAGAAUCGGAUGUGGUUCAGCCCCGGAAACAAGUUGCGUCCAAUUUGAACAUUGCUUCUCCUCCAUUUUAUCCGACUGGUACUGCAAAAGAUUUGACCGCACCACCACAUAAGAGAGAGGCCCAAACUGGUAACCCUAAUAAUCGAAAUGGUGUGGAUGGGCGCCAUCAAACCUUGCUAGCAUCUGUAACGACUAAAUUCGAUUCUAUUGGCUUGGAUAGACUCAGCGUCAAUGAUUCAGCUUCUGCAAUGGCUGCAAAACCUUCAAACACGACUCAACCUCAGCCGAGGGGUUCAGGUGGAGCACAAAAUUCCUUGCGACCAAUGGCCUACCAGCCUACUGCCUCGACUAACCAAAUUAACAGAAUUCCUUCACCUAGUCAUCCCCACCAUGCUCAACCUUCUGCACAAGUUUAUGGUCAGCAGUUUGGCCAAGGUGCUGGUGUGGUGACAGCGUCAAAAUCUGGGGAGAUGGAAUCUACAUCGGUAUCUAGUCAAUCGAAGACUGCGGCAGUGGAUAAAGGAAAAGGAGGUGUUCAAAGCAGUGGGAAUGGAAAGGGCCCUUUUAUGUACGGUGGACCACAGCUGAUGCAGACCUCCAGUGGUCCUGGUGAUUCGAACUUCCCUACUUUCUUACCGGUUAUGCAAUUUGGGACUCAGCAUCCCGGGGGAAUUGGUGUUCCUGCUGUCGGCAUGGCUUUCCCGGGAUACGUUGGUCAACCACAACUUGGUCUCGGGGGUUCUGAAAUGACGUGGCUGCCAGUUUUGACGGGUGCUGCUGGAGCACUGGGGGCAACAUAUUGUCCUCCGUACAUCCCUGUUGAUGGUUCGUAUAAUACCCGUUCGUCUGGUGCUGCUACUUCAACGACAGCUACUACAAGCAAGGAAACUAUCACAGUGAAAGCUGGUACUGAGUGGAAGCCGGCACAAAAGUCUGAUCUUUCGAGUCAAGAGUUUGGACAGAAGCAAAAGAAUCCACGGAGAUACACAGAGAUGAAAUUUGACCAUUAAGGUAAUUAGUGGCGGAAUCCAUUGCAAUAAGCAGCAGACGAAAAUCUAACAUCUUUAGCAUUGGGCGUCUCUUCUAUCCGUUCUUGGUUUAGCAAAAUUUCUUGGGUUUGCUUGUGGUGCCGGCCUUUACUCUUACCACGGCCCUUUGGGCGACUGCUCGUGUUCUGAGAUUAUUUAGGUAUAUGCGAAAAACACCUGAUCAUAGCUGCUGCUUAAUUGGAGGACAAGUCGCGCAGCAGUUUGAUGACGGGUGGCAACUCCUCAUUUCAUUUAUGCUGUUAUUGUGCAUUAGACUUUCUUUUGAAGCUUAUGAGAAGAUUGUAGCCGGGGUUCUUCGAAUUAUAUUUGUAUUGCUCUGCCUCUGCCAAUCCCAUCGACGGUUUAAGAAAUUGCAGCGUGAGUUCUUGAAACUCCCUACCAUUUGUCUUUUGUUUUUUUCUUUUUUUUUUUGGCUUUAAAUGAAUCGAACCGAAUUACCGAAUUGAACCGAUUUCGUAGUUGUGUUAAUAUGUUUGGGUUGAGAAUAAAAAUUGUUGCUUUUA